GUGGCCCGCAGACCCGAACAUGGCGGCCGCCGCGUCCCUGCGCUGGGGCCUGAGACGAGCCGGGGCCUGGCUGCUCCCGUGGCCCGCGCGCUGCCCCCGGCGGGCUCUGCACAAGCAGACGGACGGCCCCGAGUUCCAGAGCAUCUACAGCCUGGACAAGCUCUACCCGGAAUCCCGGGGCUCGGACACCGCCUGGAGGCUCCCGGAUGAUGCAAAGCAAGCCAAUAAUGACAUUCCACUAGAUCGUUUGACGAUAUCUUAUUGUCGGAGUAGCGGUCCUGGGGGCCAGAAUGUUAACAAAGUGAAUUCCAAGGCUGAAGUCAGGUUCCAUUUGGCAACCGCCGAGUGGAUCGCAGAGCCCGUGCGGCAGAAGAUAGCCAUCACGCAUAGAAAUAAGAUCAACAAGUCAGGAGAGUUGAUACUCACCUCUGAAUGCAGCCGCUACCAGUUCCGAAAUCUGGCAGAUUGUCUUCAGAAAAUUCGAGACAUGAUUGCUAAGGCCAGCCAGACAGCUAAGGAGCCAUCCAAAGAAGAUGCUUUAUUACAUAGGCUCAGGAUAGAAAACAUGAAUCGGGAGAGGCUGAGAAAAAAGCGAAUAAAUUCUGCCAUAAAAACAGGCAGGAGGGUGGACAUGGACUGAAGUCCCCUCCAGAGUCACUUGGCCCUCUCUAGGGGUCCAGGCUGCAGCAGCCCAGAGCCUGACACCGGCAGGAGACCCUGAGAAUGUUCAUUUGGAAAGGGUGAUGCAGGCCUGAGUUGCAAAGGUCUUCAUAGGCAAUCACGUGUUAUCGAACCUUAAUUAUCCAUUUCAUGUAUUAGCUGCAGUAAAACUCUGCAAUAAAUGCGAUAGGCUUCACCUCA